GUUGCAAACUGUGCUGUCCCCCUUGCCACGUAGGGGUACACGUUAGGUUUGUGAUCAACUUGGCUCUUUAAUGUGUUGAUUGAAAGCUUGUUGGGGGUUGACGGUUUGAUAAGAUGGGCGGCUCACAAAGUAGUGCCAUUCCUGGAGGCGGCACGGAGGGAUAUCACGUUUUACGGGUUCAAGAGAAUUCUCCUGGACAUAAGGCUGGGCUGGAAGCCUUUUUUGAUUUUAUUGUUGCCAUUGGGAAUACACGCUUGAAUCAAGACAAUGAUCUUCUCAAGGAUGUUUUAAAAGCGAACAUAGAAAAACCUAUUGUCAUGACAGUAUACAGCAGCAAAACCCAGAUGGUGCGGGAUGUUGAGAUUGUGCCUUCGUCCAUGUGGGGAGGCCAUGGCCUUUUAGGAGUCAGCAUUCGCUUCUGUUCUUUUGAAGGAGCCAAUGAAAAUGUCUGGCAUGUGCUGGAUGUGAGCCCUCACUCUCCUGCAGAAGCAGCAGGUCUCAGGCCUUAUGCUGACUAUAUCAUUGGCUCGGACUCUGUGCUGCAUGAGUCUGAAGACUUGUUUACGCUGAUCUAUGCCCAUGAAGGCAGGCCACUCAAGCUGUACGUGUACAACACUGACACUGAUGGUUGUCGAGAAGUUACCAUCACUCCUAACAUGUCUUGGGGUGGUGAUGGCAGUCUUGGCUGUGGUAUUGGUUAUGGCUACCUACAUCGGAUCCCAACGAAGCCUGUGGCCAAAGCUCCCUCGUGGCCCUCAGGCAGUGCUCCUGCAGGAGAUGGUUUCUUAACUGUCCAGCUGAGUGCACCGAGCAUUGUAAGUGACCCUACAGCAGCACUAGCACAGAAAGUCAACGCUGUUUCCUUGAGUGAUGUGUCUAUGCAACCAGCAGCAGACUCCUCCUUGCCUUCACGGGAAAUUGCACCUGUACCAGCUGCUACAAGUGAAAGCACAGAAAGCAGACCACCUAGCAGUGCUCCCCUCGGUUCAGAACAGGAUCGGACAGGUCCAGCCAGUGCUGUCCCCCUGACCACACCAAUUAGCCUGCCAGGAAUGCCGCCCAUUACAGUGAGUGCCUCAUUGCCACCCGAUGCUCUAGCAAGCCUCGGAUCAUCAAGUGAAGCUCCUGGAGUUCGUGAAGAAGCAUCUGCAAAGUCUCCAAUGGCAGCGCCCCAGCAUCUCUGAAGCAUCUGCUUGGCAUCAAGGACACAUUUCCACACUACAGUACCCUCUCGGAAUAUGCAGUGUGAUGAAAAAGUUCUAUUCACCAGUGGGGAAAACAAAUGGGAAUGUCUUCACCAAACUAUGGGCACCCUUCCCCCAAUGAAUUGCCACUGUUGCUUGGCUGGUCUGUCGCAUUAUCCUGGGAAAAGCAGUUAGUUAUGCUGUUGAGUCGCUGAAUCUCUUCCCUUGUGGCACCAAGCCAUUCAAAGCCAUUGGUCAAAAAGUUUCUGGGAGAUGGUGUAGCGGUUUUGCAGCACAAGAAAAGAAACAAUAAAAGAAAGCAAGAAU